AGUCUUUGACUUAGCGUCGCAGUUGUCGCAACCAAGAGACGCGGAGGAGAUCUGAGAUCGGAGAUCGCAGAUCUGGGAUUCGGUUGCGGGCUCGGUCAAUCCGGAGUAGUGCGUCCCUGGCCACGGUUUAAAAAUAUUAUUGUGUUUACCGUAACUACUUUACUAGAACAUUAAACGGAUCACACACGACCAACAAAACAAUAAAGUCCAAGAGUGCAAUUUCUGUCUGUGAUUAGAAGUUUCUAUUGUUUUCUUCACACCAGAAACUACGAUUGUCUAAGCUUUAAAUAAUAUCAACAAUAAAUGUGCAAUGUAAUGUGCAAAGUGAUGCAACACUUAAAUAUCUAUAAAAUAUUGGCAAAUUGGAAAUCAAAGCAUAUCAAAUGAUAAUGCCACCUAAAAUGUCUACAAGUCGGAUCUAGCGUGAAGUGCAUAUAUACGAAUUGGAUUUCAAAGAGAACCCCAUUAAAGUGAACCCGCCGAAAAAUGGCCCAAAGCUUGGACCGCUGCGCAGUUACAGAAGACCCGAGCUCAGCUCAAACGGCUCGCUAUCCGCAGAGCCAGACAUCAGCAGAUUAUGUCACUUGUGCCACUCACAUUCGUAUGGCCAUAUAGCUAUAUACACAUAUAUAGAGUGCACACGACCAGAUAUCGGCCGGGGCUUCAUGGUCACGGCCACCACCGACAAACGGGAAACAUGGCUUAACAAUUUCUUUCCUCGGUCAGCUCGCCCCAUGGUAAUGGCCGUGAUACUGUUGCUGGCCCUGGCACUCGUACUUGGCUGCUACUGCGCUCUCCAUCGGCACAAAUUGGCGGAUAUCUACCUCCGGCCGCUCCUGAAGAACACGCUCCUUGAGGACUUCUACCAUGCCGAGCUGAUCCAGCCCGAGGCGCCAAAGAGGCGGAGGCGCGGCAUCUGGGACAUACCCGGGCCAAAGAGGAUUCCCUUCCUGGGCACUAAGUGGAUAUUCCUGCUCUUCUUUCGACGGUACAAGAUGACCAAGCUGCACGAGGUAUAUGCGGAUUUGAACAGACAAUAUGGCGACAUAGUGCUGGAGGUGAUGCCCUCCAAUGUGCCAAUAGUGCACCUGUACAAUCGCGAUGAUCUGGAGAAGGUGCUGAAGUACCCCAGCAAAUACCCAUUCCGACCUCCCACUGAGAUCAUCGUGAUGUACCGUCAAUCCCGACCGGAUCGCUAUGCAAGUGUUGGAAUUGUGAACGAGCAAGGACCAAUGUGGCAGCGCCUACGAUCUUCCCUGACCUCCAGCAUUACUUCUCCCAGGGUCCUGCAGAAUUUCCUGCCAGCCUUGAAUGCGGUUUGUGAUGAUUUUAUCGAACUACUGCGAGCCAGGCGGGAUCCGGAUACACUGGUGGUUCCCAAUUUCGAAGAGCUGGCCAAUCUGAUGGGUCUGGAAGCUGUGUGCACUUUAAUGUUGGGCAGAAGGAUGGGUUUCCUGGCUAUCGAUACCAAGCAGCCGCAAAAGAUCAGCCAACUGGCAGCUGCUGUUAAACAGCUUUUCAUCUCCCAAAGGGACUCGUACUACGGUCUAGGUCUGUGGAAAUACUUUCCCACCAAAACGUACAGGGACUUUGCCCGCGCCGAGGACUUGAUCUAUGAUGUGAUCUCCGAGAUCAUCGAUCAUGAGCUGGAGGAACUCAAAAAGUCGGCUGCCUGCGAGGAUGACGAGGCUGCUGGAUUACGAAGUAUCUUUCUGAAUAUUCUGGAGCUCAAGGAUCUGGAUAUCAGGGACAAAAAGUCAGCGAUCAUAGACUUUAUUGCCGCUGGCAUAGAAACGUUAGCCAACACUUUGUUGUUUGUACUGAGUUCUGUUACUGGAGAUCCCGGUGCUAUGCCACGAAUCCUAAGUGAAUUCUGCGAGUAUCGGGACACGAAUAUCCUGCAGGAUGCACUAACGAAUGCCACAUACACAAAGGCCUGUAUACAGGAGUCCUACAGACUGAGGCCCACAGCCUUUUGCCUGGCCAGAAUCCUGGAGGAGGACAUGGAGCUCUCGGGCUACUCGCUUAAUGCAGGGACUGUGGUGCUAUGUCAGAAUAUGAUAGCCUGCCACAAGGAUAGCAACUUCCAAGGGGCCAAGCAGUUUACCCCAGAGCGUUGGAUUGAUCCUGCCACGGAGAAUUUCACGGUGAACGUGGAUAAUGCCAGUAUUGUGGUGCCCUUCGGCGUGGGUCGAAGAUCGUGUCCAGGAAAGCGUUUUGUGGAAAUGGAGGUGGUGCUGCUGCUAGCUAAGAUGGUCCUAGCCUUUGAUGUGAGCUUUGUGAAGCCACUGGAAACGGAGUUCGAGUUCCUGCUGGCACCCAAAACUCCACUCAGUCUAAGACUCAGCGAUCGGGUUUUCUGAUAAUGGGUGCUUUAGAAAACUGAUCCGAAAAACAGUGCCUACCCUCAGGCGUUUUGUAUCAAAUACAACUAAAAUAGCUAAGAACUGAACCAUUAAGUAAAAUUAAUGUAAAAUAUGCUUAGGUUUCUACACAUAUCUGUAUACAUAUAUAUGUAUAUCCUUUAUCCCUGAUGAGCCAGCAUCAGCAGCCUAGUCCUGUGAAGCAAUCAAAAAAGAGCUAAACCAAUUAAAAUAAAUUAACAAAUUUAUGCUGACUGGAUGUAAAGUAGAUUAGAAUGUAUAUACAAACGUCAUGUUUUGUUGUAAUUACUUCUUAAAUUUAUUUUUAGUCGUAGCAAAUAACUAGCAGCAAUUGUUUUUGAGAGUUCUGUAAACGGAAAGACUGUGUUUAAGUUUUGUUUUUCACGAUUUUAACAGUUUUACAUAUUUUCUGUACAUAGUUUCGCAAAAAUUUGUCACUCUAAUUAUGUACAGUUUAACUUUAAUUGUAUUUAUUCAAGUGUUUUUACUGCCUUUGUCUUUAUUUCAUCUCUACAUCUGUGAAUAUAUUUGUUAAAAGAAAACAAUAAUUAAAGAAAAUUAAUUACAUUAAACAGAAAUCAAAUGAUAAAUGUUAUAAUAU